AUGGUUGAUCCCAGUAAAUCGGGAAAGGAUAAAGUUAGGUCCAAUACUUUUCAUCAUUUUAAAAAGCUACAAUCUGAAAAAAAUCCUGAGAGAAGUAAUAUAUCAGUUAGUAAAAAUGGUGGUGUACCAAUAGUUUUCCAUAAAUUUGCCCAGGAUUAUGCAGGGACAGUUGUACAGAAGGAUAUGGUUGAAAAUUUAUCUAUGAACAGAACAUUGAAGGAAAAGAUGGAGCAUCAGGAACAAGUGUUGACGACGAAUAACUCGCAUCAAAAGAUAAGCCAGGUGAAUAAUGAUGUUGUAAUGGGGGAUAAUAAUAAUUUGGUAAUCAAACUUGAUCCACGCUAUAAUGCUAAUUUAAAGACAAAUAAGAUUAGACGCCACUUCUUGAGACGUCGACAUCCAGAGAUCGAAAGCAAUAAUAUGGUUAAGGUUAUUGACGGACGAAUAAAUGGGAGCAUAUCAAAUAAGAAUAAAAUUAAAAAAGUGUCAUUCGUUAACAACGUGGGCAAACAUACUGAGAAGACUCGGGAGUCAGUACUAACCGCUACUGGGAUAAGUACAGUAUCUGAGGGAGAGAUACCAUUAAAUGAAUCUUUUUCUGCCAGAAUUCCUCAUAAAAAAAAUAAUUCUAAUGUCAUGGCUGUUCAUCAAAAUGGUGAAUUAAACGUAGCGUCUAGUAAAGGCCGGAAUCAAAUAAAAUCUAAGAUAUCUCUAAACGAAUUUGAAUGUUUCGAUACUUAUAGGAACAAACAGCCAAACUUGACUGGAAAAUUUAUUUCAGACUCGAAAGUUAAACUUAAUAAAUCUCAACCUAAACCUCCUGUAAUAAAUGGUUACUCUACGUACACUUUCAAAGUUAAUUUGAAGGAUCAAAAAUAG